GAGGAGCCCAUUGGGGUUUUGUUUUUCUUUUUUAAAAAAAAGUCCUGGGGGGAUGGGAGGGGCGGGAGGGCACCCAGAAGGGCCCGAUUCUGACUUGCCGCAGCCUCAGGAUGACCCUUCCUCCUUUUGUGUUUAGCUAAUGUUUACAUCUCAUAAUUCAUGCCCCACCGCGGAGCGUUGCGCAGCGCUGCGAGGUUUGCGUCUCUUUGCCAGACUCGCCGCUUCCAGUUCUCCCUAAAAGAAGAGGAAGAGAACUGAAAACCUUGUAAUCCCAAGGAUGGAUCCGCAGUAUCUUUUCCUGUUCCCAGAACUCAAAAUCAGAACAGAACGAAAUAAAUUCAAAGCGUUCAAACCACACCCCAAACGAAGAACACCCGGAAAGUAGGAGAACUGGAAAAUGUCUGGGCCAAGAAGAUCUCUCUGUCUUCUGUAUAUACCCUGUAGAUCCGAAUUUGUGUAAGAAAUUUUGUGGUCACAAAUUCGUAUCUAGGGGAAUAUGUAGUUGACAUAAACACUCCGCUCAUUUUUCUCCCCCCUGAAGAAAUUUUUUUUUUCCUAAAUGAGGACCAUGCGGUGACUGGCCAUGCGAAGACUCCUUCCUUCUUUCUUCUUCCUUCUUUUCCUCCGGAAACUGGUUAGAGAAAUCAUCUACCUGAAAUCUGCCCAUGUCUGUCCCUGGGAGCCUUGGUCCCUUUUCACUUCUCUCGAUAGGUUUCAUGCUGGUGGUGUUUUUAAUGUUACCCUCUCUCUCCAGCCCACCUAGUCUCUCCUCUGGGUUCAGGGAGGUUUGACUGAAAAUCUGGGGGAAAUGACUGCUGUCCUCAGUGUGCGAAGGCAAAGGAAAUUCGCUUUUCAAACGGAUGUUGAUGUCGCCUUUCCGUUUGGGUUCAGGACAAGAUGCCCUGGAAAUACCUGAUAACCAAGGGGCGUUAUUGUGUGUGUGUGUGUGUGUGUGUGUGUGUGUGUGUCACCUCCAGGGCACCUACCCCAGCACCACAGGGAUGUGCGAUCUCUGUGCACUGAGGAGGCUGUGGCAUUAGUGGCUAUUACCACGCCUUCACCCCGCGGUUAGUAUUGCUCCGAUGGUUCUGGAAUUAGCAAAUUGCUAUUCAAUGCGCUUUCAAAAGUUGCAGGGUUUUUUAUCCACUGCUCACGUUCAGUGUGGGAAACCAAGUUGUUUCUCCCGUGUCCGGGAAGGAGCGGAGUGGGCAGGAGAGGGGAACAGACAGACGGACUGACAAAGCCAAACUAAUAGCGCAGCUAAAUGCGAUUUGGAAGGCGAGGUCUCCCCGAAUUAGUGCAUGAAUUUUCUAUCGAUCCGCCCGCGGUUCCAUUCAUCUCUGACAAGCCCCUCCGUGCACCCGCCCGCUGGCUCCCCACGCCUCCUCUCUCCUUCCCUCCCCCUCCUCGUGCGGCUGCCGGAGAAAAGCUCCACGCUCAGUGCCUCUCGCCCCGAGUGGGCUCCCCUCUCCGGGCAAAGACCCCCGUCCUCCUCUCACUUCGCUCCCCACGCAGACGCAGGGCGCACGGGCUCCCUUCCCGCGGGAGGAAGGGAAGGGGCCCACGGAGGCAGAGAAUGCGGGCUGAGGUGAGGCAGGACAGGAGGGGCUACACGGGGAGCCCCAACUUCCGAGGGUGUCUAGGGAUUGCGCUCUGCCCAGGGCCCCACCAGGCCCUCGGUUGGCAGCCCGCUCGCUCUCUCCCUGGGUCUCGGGACCGCCAGGCCGCCCCGCAGGAGCCCUAUGCAAAUCCCGGCGCUGGCUGGGUGUCUGUGGGUGGGUGGGGAGGGGGCAGAAGAAGGGGAAAUAAACCCCUUUGGCUGGAGUAGGGUCCGGGUGAGCAGAUUUCCUUAUCCGGGGAUCGCAGGCGGGGCGGCCAUUGGCUCCCAGGAUCACGUGGGGCCCUAACUUUGUUCACUUGACAGUAAGUAGGAGGGCUUUCGGAAACAGGAAAACGAGUCAGGGGUCGGAAUAAAUUUUAGUAUAUUUUGUGGGCAAUUCCCAGAAAUUAAUGGCUAUGAGUUCUUUUUUGAUCAACUCAAACUAUGUCGACCCCAAGUUCCCUCCGUGCGAGGAAUACUCACAGGGCGAUUACCUCCCCAGCGACCACUCGCCGGGGUACUACGCCGGCGGCCAGAGGCGAGAGAGCGCGGCCCCCGCUUGCUUCCCUGUCCCCCCACCCCGCCCCCCGGAGUCAGAAGAGGCGGCGGGAGAGGGAGGGAGGGAGGGCGGGCGAUACUGUGUUCUCUGGAAGAAAGUGCUCUCCCUCCUCCCUUUGGGGGCCAUAAAACUUUCUCUUUCUCCUUCUCUCUGUGUGUGUCCAGUAAACCCCAAUUACGCCGGCGGGGAGCCCAAGCGCUCUCGCACCGCCUACACCCGCCAGCAGGUGCUGGAGCUGGAGAAGGAGUUCCACUACAACCGCUACCUGACGCGGCGCCGGCGGGUGGAGAUCGCCCACGCGCUCUGCCUGUCCGAGCGCCAGAUCAAGAUCUGGUUCCAGAACCGCCGCAUGAAGUGGAAAAAAGACCACAAGUUGCCCAACACCAAGAUCCGCUCGGGCGGCGCCGCAGGCGCAGCCGGAGGGCCCCCAGGCCGGCCCAACGGAGGUCCCCCCGCGCUCUAGUGGCCUCUGCGCGCGGGGAGCCACGGACCUGGGGCGGGGAGGGUGGCGAGCGCCGGGAAGGCGGGGGAGAGAGGCGGGAGGAAACCCUGGGGCCUGGGGCUGGAGAAGCCUUCCUGCCUCCCCCCCACCCCCCUCUAUCUAUUUUCACGAAUAAACGCAGAGAGGGGUCGGGGAAGCUUUAUUUAUAGAAACCACAAUGCGGAGCACCCCCCAGAAGCAAAGCUCAAGUCUCUUGCUUUCUUAAAAAAAA